GCUGGUGUUCCGCCAUUGCAGCCGUGCCGGGGUCGGGGCUGGUCUUGCUUUCCCGUGAAGUUGCUCUGUGCAAAGAAGAACGCAGUCCGCCCCCGGAGGGCGGCGACAGGAUUCCGUCAGCCUUUCGGCGCGGUUUGUGUCUCGGCCCGGGCCUGGUGGUGGUUGGGGUGUAGGCCUCGGCACCAUGGAUCCGUUUUUGACUCUGCUGCACUCUUUCUCCUCGAGCUUGACGGACAGUGAGCUUGCCUCCCUGAAGUUUCUCUGCCGGGGGAAAAUUGGGAAAAGGAGGCUUGAGUCUGUGCAAAGUGGCGGGGAACUCUUCAUCAUCCUUCUCGAGCAGCAGCUGAUUGCAAGAGACAAGGUGUCGUUUCUUGAAGGCUUGCUUGAGAGCAUUAAAAGAGAAGAUUUGGUCUCACAGCUAAAGCAGUUCGUAGAGGAAGGAGAAGUUAAUGCUGAUGAUGAUCAACUAGAUGUGCAUGAAAAACGUCUUCAGAAGGCAGCUGUGGAAGUCAUAUGUGAAAAUGUCGGGAGAGACUGGAAAAGGCUGAUACGAAAACUUGGCCUUUCUGAAGUGAAAAUGGACAGAAUAGUGGCAGCCAAUCCGCUUAAUUUGCACGAACAGUUGUUUCAGUCACUUCGAGAGUGGCAGAAAUGGAAGGGAAAAGACGCAAAGGUGACUGACUUAAUAAAAGCUCUUCGGGACUGUAAUAUGAAUUUGGUGGCAGACACAGUUGAACAGAAGAUCUUGCUGCUGAACAGUGGAACCAGUGUUCAAGCUUUCAGACCAGGCUCUUGUGCUGUGUGAAGUUACACAGAGAUGAAAUUGGACCAUUGUCAUCAGAGACGUAAAAAACCGUCCAGCUGGGAUGUUCUGUGGUAGGCAUUUCACUUACAGCUAUUCUGCAAGUGUACGUGCUGCCUGUGGCAAAGAUUUAUCCAAAGAGAUGUAUGAAGUCUGCAUUUCUGUACAAAAGCUGGAAUAUCUUCCUCCUUUCUACUCGUCUUGUUUCAAGUGGGAAUGGACUUGGGAAUCCUCGUCAGAGUGAGAAAUCCUCAGCCCUAGAAAUUCCUGAUUCUCCAGUAAUCGUUUCUACUGGAUAAUCUACUGAGAAGUGUGAAAGGACUGGAUCAUUUUGCCAAAGACAGAUUUCACCUGUCUUUACUUCUGUAAAAUAAGGUUUGCAGAAGUGUCUAGAUCUACAUCCUUGAAGUAGAUACCAUCACAAAAACAACUGGAGUACUUAAUUUUAACAUCAAUCAACACCUUUGAAAAUCCUGACUUUGCUUUCACGCAUAAUGUAAUGCCGUUGUUCGUGCAUUUCCUAGGCAGCAGCUGUAGACGCCAAAGAAAUGAUUUAACAGGCAGAGUGCAGUUUAGAAAUGAUCGACCUGACCAAGGUGAAUGGAAGAAUCCUUCCUUCUCGUUCUGCGUGCUCUUUCGUGAUGCCCCUAAAUGCUUAUGGCAGAAGACAGGCAAAGCGUCUCUUCUGUCUAGCAACCUCUGGAGACAUUUGUUACGGUAACAGAACAGUCCGGGUCACGUCUAUCUACUGACAAAAGAAUAAUCAGCACUGUUGGCAGAAAUCCUCUUCUUUCAUCUAUUCAUUUUGGUAUGAAAUGCCUGAGAUGUGUUCAAAAUGCAUUUUGCUGGUAAGUCAUUAAGUCAUCUAUAAAGGACAAGGAGUAAAUAAGGUACCGUCGGUCUGACUCAGAAGGAAAAAAAAAAUGUGUAGGCGAUCUUGGACUAUUUUCAGUGCUAGUGUAGGGUGGCUUUGAGGCUCACAAAGGAAAUUUCAGUACAAAUGAACCAUAAAGCACUCUGUGGGCAGAGAAAGCAGCGGAUGCAACCCCGCGCUGCCGUGGAGCGAACGGAGGAGCGCUUUGCUCCUUCGCCUUCUGGUGAGCAGCUCUUCCUCGGGGCGAGCGGGUGGCAGCAGGUGGUUGUCCUCAGAGCCGCGCUGCCGGCAGGGAAGGCAGCUCGGCACGGCUGGACACCAACACCUCGCCGAGCAAAAUUCACUGGCAGGAAGAGGUUGCUGUUUUGCUGAGCUUGGAUAAACAUUAGGAUCUAAUUUAUCAUGUGACAGGAAAGGAAAGCUUCUUUUUUUUUUUUUUUCCUCCUCCUCGUUUUUAACAGCUUUUGUUUGAAUUUCAUCAUGUGGUUUUGAGGUGCAAAGAGUGGAGAGAUAUUUAACUUGGGUCUCUGAACUGAUUACUUUGCUGUCAGCUGAUGUACAGUAUGGCUCUUUCUGGACACGUCUACAAGUGUUACGUCUCACUAAAAGACAUGGACACGGAGACAGACCUCUUGCUGAACUUACAAAAGAGACAUCAUACUCAUUUAAUUAAAAAGAUCUGAGCUGCUAGUCCUCUUUGUGUUGUAUGGUAUAUCUUGGGUUACGUGCCCAGGAGGAAGAAAAAAGGAAACAGUUUUCCUUGUGCUACAAAGUAAGUAGGAAUGCUGAGAAAUAUUUUGGUAUUUGCACAACCUGGGAGUUCUCCUGACUUUAUUAUUUCAUGUGUAUUAUGUGCAACACAGAGCAUUACGCAAAGAUCUGAUUAUUCAGUCGUGUUUGUGGCAUUUGAAGCCCUGACCCUAUGCUGAUUCGCUCUGGGCUAUGGCGGACUGCACAUGGGGAUAGCAAUAUGGCUUCAAAAUCAGACCUGUCGCAUAUUUUUGAGGCGCCUCAGAAAUUCUGCUGUAUCCACGGUCUGGGCUUUGUGUGUAGCAUUCACAAAGCGAGGUGCCUAACGAAGGAGGCAUGUGGGAGGCAUAUUCCUUAACUCGGAUAUUCUGGAUUCAAGUUCCCUCCUGGACUAAGCCAUCCUUUUGGGCAUGAAUAAAUACCUAGCUCUUUAUAUGUGAGGAGACAGUGCCUCCCUUUUAUAUAGCAGACAUUUAUAUGCCAUGGGAACUCCAUUCCCACCUGAGGCUGAAACCCAUUUCUGAAGAAAGUGCCUAAGCAAUGACAUUUCCAUCUCUCCUCUGAAACUUGCGUGUAGAGUGAUACGUGACUUGAAGGUGACAAAGAUAAAGGUGACAACUCCUUGAGGCUGAGGAGGGUCUACAGCCAGAGCCUCUUAGAUGGGAAGUCCAACCACAGAUGAGAGGAGCUGGGAAAGCUGAAUGUGAGAGUCUGUGCCUUGUUAACAAACUGGUUGAAGUGAAGACUAAUAUAUGGAGUUUGUUCAUAUUUAUUCUCCAUUUCAGAAUUGUGUGGAAGGUUCUUUGCUUUCAUAAUGAAGCAUGAUUAUAGUUGCUAGUUGGUACAACUGUUUAUUUUUGGUUUAACCAUUUAAGGACAAACUAAAACUUAGUUUCGAAAGAAAAAACAACCACAUUCCAAGACAUCCCAAACUGGGACAAAAGGUAAUGACAUCUUUUAGGAUCUAGGUGGAUAUUGAGGUUCACUUCUGAAUUUAUUCUACAUAACCUGGGUCUGAGAUUGGUUAAUCUGACUGGAUGUAUUGUAGUGUCCAAUUUGAUAGAGAUUAUGAAUUCUGAGCCUAUUACAGUGCUUAACCUUUUCCCUUACAUUCACAGAGUCUCCAUUUGACUUGUAUGUUAAAUGAAAAUCAAAUCAGGCCAGAUUCUUUCUAUUAACAUUAUUAGUUUCCAGUUUUUAUGUGUGAUAAGUAGAAGUGAAACUGUAUUUGUUCAUGCAGCUGUAAAUUCCACUUUAUUUUUCAGCCUUGCUUUGGUUUUGCUAGAACAUGUUAUUUUGAAGAUGCUCCUUGACAGCUCCUUAGACCAAACUCCUCCUCAUCCACAGAAGUGAUACAGCAAAAGUAAUCAAGAUGAAAGGUGAGGAUUUUGCCUUUCCUGGCAUGCACUGUCCACCUGGAUUCUGACCUGGAAGGACUUCCUCGACUUGCAACAUCGGUUAGGCAGAGCCAGGUCAAGCAGUUUCAGCACAUUUGAACUCUGACUCCCAAAGGAUGAGGACAAAAUAAUGAGCACUGUCCUAUCAGUAAAGGUACCGCAUGACUCCAUCGCCCUCACCACCACACCUGACGCGCCCGAGAAGCAUAGUCACGGGGAACAAAAAUUCAGACCUCGGCUUAGGAAGGGGCACGACACAAACUCUCAGGUCUGCAUUGAAGUAGUAGUGCUCAGUGGUGACCCGGCCGCGGGGAAAACCCCAGCACUAGGGACCAGUUGCCUACACUGGUUCUCGUAUUCAGGUCUCUGUGCUGGAACUGGUCAUUGCUUGUCAACUCGUGGCAACGAGAUAGUUGCCUUAAAUUCUUAAAAAUAUUUUGAAAUGUAUAGGUUUUGUAAUUUUUCAAUUUCUUUUCCAAAAGUUAGUUAUGGUCCUGGUGCUACACAUUGUUCCCUUCUGAAUUCUGAAUAAAACUCUGAAUUCUGAAAUAAAUUUCUGAAUUCAUUGAAGUAACUGCAGUGUGGAAGCUUUGGCUGGGAUGAAAUUCCAUGCUCUUUGUUGUGACCAUUAAUGUGAAUUAUGUGAAAGAAACCUCAGUGUGGGUUAAAGCCUCGGUAGCAGAUUGAAGGAGAGCACUGAGUGAAUGAUGCCUGCCUUCCUCCCCUCCCAUCAUAAUUUUAAGUAGUUUAUGUUAACAUCGAAGCCUAUAUGUUUCUAAAUAUAUCAAUAUAUCAAAUCUUAUAAAUAAUAGCAUCGAGCUAUGCUGAGGCUAUUUGACAGCACAGGUUAAUUCAUAACAUUGGGAGGUUUCCUCAGGAAGACCACAAUUGAUUUUGGCAUUUUUUUUUUUUGCUACUCUUUCUAUACUGAAAAGUCAGAUAUCAGUAUUUAUACAAUUACACUUCAAUGAUGUAUUACUCAGCGUUAAACCUAUGCUAACGCGUGUUUGGCAGAACUCAUGAUUUCAAUGUGCCUCAUAAUAUUUGGCUUUUUCCUUAAAGUUCCAGCUCCGAGAGUCAUGUGAUUAUAUCAGAAACUUCAAGAGGAAAAAAAAAAAUCUACACCUCAUGGCUGUAGAGGAAAAGCUUAAAAAUAUGACCUGAAUUCACCCUGAAGGCUCAAAUACCAAAGGGAAAGAGCACACUGUAGUAAACUUGUAAUUGUAAAGAUUUUUGUAUUUGGGGGAAAGAAGAGCGACUCAUUAAUGAUGCUUUCUAUCCGGUGCUGUCAGUAUGUUGCGUUUACAAAUUAAGUAAUCCAGUCACAAAACUGCACAGCCUUCGGUGCAGCCAACUGCUGCUUUUCGGCAUGACGUGCCUCUGUCUGUGUAACUGGCCUGUGAUGCUUUUCAGAGCUUUCCACUAUAAAAGCAAGAAUAGGGUCCAAAA